UAACUUUCAGCUGUCACGUUGAAAAAUCGCCUUUGUUUUUGUUUAUAUUGCAUUGUGAUUGUGAAAAUUCCAGAACAAAUAAGUGCACUUCGUUUAUUAGAGAAUAGAAACUACAGUAACAUAAAAUAAUGGUCACUCCGACACCGGAUACUCCGGAUCAGUUUGAUCAAUUUGAAGACGAAGAGAAUGAGCAACAGCUUGGGGCAACUGCGUCGGGCAGGAAAAGGUUGUUUAGUAAAGAACUACGUUGUAUGAUGUAUGGAUUUGGAGAUGACCAGAAUCCUUAUACAGAGAGUGUAGAUUUCUUAGAAGAUCUUGUAAUUGAAUUCAUUACGGAAACCACACAUAAAGCAAUGGAAGUUGGUAGACCAGGCAGAGUUCAAGUUGAAGAUAUAAUAUUCUUAGUGCGUAAAGACCCUAGGAAAUAUGCUAGGGUUAAAGACUUACUUACUAUGAAUGAAGAGUUAAAGAAAGCUAGAAAGGCCUUUGACGAAGUUAAAUAUGUUGAAGACCAACAAUAGCAUAUGUGGCCAAGCAUCCAACACAUCUAAGACUGAUGCAAGUAACAAUUUUAAACAUUAGCUUUUGUGUUUGUACUUUGUACUAAUUAUAAUUGUUUAUGCUUUUUUGUCAACAAUUUGUAAUACUAACCAAUUAGUGUUGUCAUAUAA